AUGAUGACGUCUCGGCGACGCCGGAGCGCGGCGCUCACCCUCGCGGCCGCGGUCGCGGGCGCGGCCCUGAUUCUCGUAGCGUCUCUCCGGCGCGCCGAGGACACGCGCGACGGCAUAUAUCUUGCGAACACUGAACAAAUGCCCGACGGCCCGUUUUGUUGUAUGAUGCCAAAAUUCGGCAACGACGACUACUCGUCGGGGCCCGACGAGUGCGCCUGCGCGCCCGUCUUCGCCGUGACGAACGCGACGGGCCCCUACAACUACUGCGCGCAGUCGGACGAAAACUGCGCCGACUGCGGCUAUACCUGGUGCCCCGGGAAGAAGCACGUCGAGGACCUCGCGCCUACCACGAACGGCGACGACGUCUCGCUGGUCGGCGGCGGCGGCGGCGGUGGUGGGGGAGGGGGCGACCUCGAAUAUCACGGGCCACUGCCGCACGUCAAGCUACCGAUCGUGAAACUGCCGCCGCUCGCGAUCACGUCGACGGUCACGACGGGGGGCGCGGCGCCCGCGUCAGAGCCGACGGCACCAACCGUCACGGUCGCGCUGCCUACGCCCGUCGCGCCAGAAGUGCCGCCCGCGCCAACUGAAGAGCCGGCUACGCCUGCGUCGGAGCCCGCGACCGCACCUGAGCCUCGACCUACGCCCGUCGCGCAAGAACCGGCUCCGGCCCGCGAAGAGCCGGCCACGCCUGCGUCGGAGCCCGCGGCCGAGCCUGCGCCUGGACCCACGCCUGGGGCGGCGAAUAGUACGGAAGAGACAGACACGCCUCCGUAA